UUGAGGACGAGGGAGAUGAGCAAGAGCAAGAUCCUCUCCUUCCCAGCGACGGGUCCGAUGUAGCUGAUAAAAGUAGUAUCAGAACAGGGAAAGACUUCUGUGGCCGAAACCGUUGCGUUGAGUCCUCAAGGACAACCCGCAGUCCAGGUAGGGGCCUGCGGGCACGGGGGCCGUUCUUUGUGGAAGAGGAACAAAAGUCAGGAUCAUCCGCGUCCUCGGCGAUCAUGAACAACGCUCAAGCUGAUAAAAGUAGUAUCAACAAUACAUCAUCAGCUUCCACCUCGUCUUCUUCAGCUACAGGAGCCAGAAGAUGUUCAACGACUGGCAGUGCCACUGGCUGUGCUCCUGCUGCAGCCAGAUCUUCGACGGCUAGUAGAAGUGCCACUGGCAGCUGUACUACUGCUAAGAAUGCAAAUAUAUCUAUGUGGUCAAAUAAUGAAGGACAAGGAGUAGAAGGAAUUGGAGAACAUGAUGAACAACAUCAGAAAGAGCUGUUGCAACAGACGAGAACAAAUGAUCCAUCUUCGCAGAUGAAGACGAACGAAGCACUUACAGGUAAAGAAAUACAAGUACUAGAGGAGCAAGAGCAGGCUUUUUUUGGACGUACCAAAAAGCUCCUGAGGAACUGCAGUAGCUACCACAUCUUCGCUCAACAUGAUCGGCGUCUACUUGGCACGACUACUGUUCUUGUUGUUUU